AUGAUACGAAGAGUCUCCGCCACCUCAUGUCUCUCCUCCACAGCUUUGGGAUCAUUGAGGAAGAACAAGAAGUGGCCCUUUAAAUCUUGUCAAUUUCACGGUGAUUCCUCUGUCUCUCCCGUUCUCAUCCCCGGCGUCCACGUCUUCCAUUGUCCGGAUGUGGUUGGGAUUGUAGCCAAACUCUCAGAUUGCAUUGCUGCAAAAGGCGGAAACAUUCUUGGUUACGAUGUUUUUGUUCCUGAAAACAACAACAACGUCUUCUACUCUAGAAGGUAUCUUCAUUUCAAAAUCUCGCCGUUCUAA